AUGCGCUUAGAUUUGUUGCUCUGGAUAGCAGCAUUGACCCAUGUGGUGGCGGCGUUCGACCCAAAAGUCCUGCUGACGAAGCUCGAGGGCGAUACAUAUGACGUGCUAUAUUUCGACGAUAGUACUCACAUAAUCUCCGCUAGAAGCGAUGGUUUGUGGGCGUCGUUUGAUGAUGGAGCAAAGUGGCAGAAUUUAAAAAAAGACGUGGAAGCGAAGGCAUUGUCCUUCGAUCCGAACGUGAAGGAACGGGCGUUUGCCUUCACCCAUUCCACGAAACAGUAUUAUACUACGGAUAAAGGUAAGACAUGGAAGGAGUUCGAGUUGAAAAACCACGAUGAAAGCGUUAUUGUUAACCAACAGCCACUCAUCAUCCAUAAUGUUGCUGACCCAAACUUGAUUUUGUUUCAACUAGUCAGCUGCCAGAGAUUAGUGAAGGGUUUUCCUGAAGAUUGCAAGAAACAGUUUUUCUAUACUGCCGACGGUCUAAAGCUGGUGAAAAAGCUUCCUGUGGACGCUGAACUGUGUGUCUUCGGUAAAGGCAGUACUGACUUUGCCUUUUCAGGCGAUCCCAAAACUAUAUUCUGUGCCAAACACAAGCUCAAUUCGUUUGGCCACGUAAUGGAAUCAAGCAUAGUUAAAAGUUCAGACUUCUUCAAAUCGGAAACUGAAAUUUCAGAUGCUGGCUUCAAGAGCGGAAGAAUUCUUGACUUGCGGGUUGACGCUUCCUUCAUGGUGGCCAUGGUCCUGAGCGACCGUUUCAAUACAAAAUCUCAUAUAUCUUUGUUUGUUUCUAAAGACGGUGAUGUUUUCGAUAAGUCUAAUCUCGAUGUUGAGGUGAACCAAGGUGCUGUGAUGUUUUUGCCCUCUCUGAAGCUGGCUCUCUUUCUCGAAGUGGUGCAACUCCGUAGAAGGCUGUUCCCCGUAACCUCGGUAUGGAGGUCAGACUCUCAAGGUAUCAACUUCCAGAAUAUCGCGGACAAGACCCUGUACUUUGGAACCAUCAAGCUCGAGAACUUCGAUGGCGUUUGGUUCUCUGCAUUCCUUAGGGAAACAGACUCUCAAGAUGGUGGAUUUUUCGGUGGUGGCAGAGGAGGAGUCAGGACAUCCUUUACAUCAAAAGUCUCCAUCAAUGACGGUCAGGAUUGGCAACCAUUAAGACUCCUCGACGAUGACAACUGCAAGAUAGAGAACGGCUGUUCAUUGAACUUAAUCGACAUUGCUACCGUUGAUGGUAUGGGCAAGUUCACUACGGGUCCUACUGCCAAUAUCAUCAUUGGUGUUGGAAACGCUGGUGACCCAAGUCAAAAUGAGAAAGAUUGGAAGACCUAUGUCUCAAGAGACGGUGGUAUUACUUGGACGAAAGCUAUUGAUGAGCCUUGUGCAUUCGCUUAUGGGGAUCAGGGAAACAUCAUCUUUGCAAUGUCUUUCCCCAGCAUUCUGAUGGAAGAGCCUUCAAGAACAUACUACUACUCAUUGGACCAAGGAAAGACAUGGACCAAGGGCACGUUUGAGAAUCCCUUUAUCCCAAUAACGCUCAUAAGUACUUUAGACGGCACUGGCAAGAAAUUUCUUGCAGCCGGACCUGAUAGGGAUCAAAAGGCUAGUUUUUUUGUUCUGGUUGACUUCUCUGAUGCAUUUGGAGGCACGAAGUGCAAAGAAAACGAUCUCGAAAAGGUUUAUGCUCGUGUAGUGAACGAUGAGCCUUUAUGUAUCUACGGCCACAAAGAGAGUUUGUUGAGGAGGAAGCAAGACGCCAAAUGUUUUGUCAGCAAGCUUUUUGAAGACAUCAAAGUAAAAGAGGAGCCUUGUGAGUGCGUUGAGGCUGACUACGAAUGUUCGAAAUAUUUUAGGUUGUCUCCCAAAGGUGCGUGUGUUCCUAAUGAUGAGAAAAUCAAAGAGGUUUGCGCAGCUAAGAAGUUAAAGAAAAUCAAAUUAGCCGAUAAGCAGUUGAUGGCCGGUAAUCUUUGCAAGGAGAACAAAAAAAUUAAUUUUAUUCUGGAGGAAGAAUUUGACUGCAACGCUUACAAAGAUAAAGAUGACUCUCAGAAAAAGGUCGUUGGAAGUGUGCCUCAUGAGUUCGAAGGAAGACUUGCGCAAUAUUCUUAUGUGAAGACUACCGAUGACAUGAACGAAAACCUUCUCGUAAGAACGUCAAAUAACAUGAUGUAUGCUUCCAAUGACGGAGGUCUCUCUUUCAGGAAGAUUCCAGUAAAUGAGAAACUUGUGUGGUUCGCACUUGGUGCUACUCCAGGUUCGGCAAUCUUGCUCACUGAUAAUCGUAUCUUCUAUCUAUCAGAUGACGGCGCUAAUACUUUUAAGAAGCUUGAGGCACCUGGGAGACUUGCUCCAACUCGAGGUCUAAACCCGACAUUUCAUCCUACGGAUGAAAAGGAGUUCAUUUGGUACACAUCAGAAGGCUGUGACCCUCAAAUGAACCCAGAGUGUGAAGUCACUGCUCAUUACACAACUGAUGGUGGUUUGUCAUUUCAAAAACUAAGAAGCGGAAUUCGCUUUUGUGACUACAUCUCUUUAAACAAUGACACCCUGUCCAAUCUCAUUUAUUGUCUCACUUCUGAAAAGAAACAAAAGUUAGUGUACACGGAGAAUUACUUCAAGGAAACCGAACCCAAGGUCCUCUUCGAUUACGUUGCCUCAUAUGCUGUCAAACCUAACUAUGUCAUUGUGGCCACAGUUCUCGAAGAUCGUGAGGAAAUGCGGGCAAAGGUCACCAUGGAUGGUAAGACUUUUGCAGAUGCUUCAUUCCCCAAGGAUUUUAAGGUGGAAGCGCAGACCGCAUACAACAUUCUUGAUUCCUCAGAUCAUUCUAUCUUUAUGCAUGUUACGACUGAUUCUACAAAGGAUCGUGAACGUGGUGCAUUACUCAAGUCCAACUCCAAUGGAACGUUUUAUGUUUUGUCGCUUAAUGACGUUAAUAGAGGGAAGAUUGGAUACGUGGAUUAUGAUAGGAUUCAAGCAUUAGAAGGUGUCAUUCUAGCAAACACAGUUUCCAACCUCGAGAAGGAUGAAAAGAAGAAACUCAAAACUCAAAUCUCUUUCAAUGAUGGGAGUGAAUGGACCUACUUGGCUCCGCCAAAUGUGGAUAGCGAGGGUAAGAAGACCAAAUGUUCUGGUCUGUCAUUAAAGAAAUGCUCCUUGCAUUUGCAAGGAUAUACUGAAAGACCAGACUACACCGAUACUUAUGGCUCAUCCUCCGCCGUAGGAGUUUUAUUCGGUGUUGGUAACGUUGGUGAGUACUUGGGAGAUGGUGAUCUUGCGACCUACAUGUCUCUUGACGCUGGUCUUUCUUGGAAGGAAGUUGUCAAGGGCCAGCACAUGUGGGAAUUUGGUGAUCAAGGUAGUGUUUUGGUUUUGACUGAUCAAUUAAAAGAAACCAACACCUUGAUGUAUUCCACUAAUGGAGGUGACGAUUGGCAGGAGUUCAAAUUCGCAGAUAAGAAAGUAUUUAUUCUUGACUUGGCGACUGUUCAAAGUGACACUUCGCUCAAGUUUGUAAUCUUUGGCUCUGAGAAGCAAGACUUACACACAACCUAUGCAUACUCCAUUGAUUUCACAAAAUACUUUGACAGGCAAUGUCAGCUCAAUUUGGAAAAGCCCGACAGCGAUGAUUUUGAGUACUGGACUCCCAGACGUCCUUUUUCCAAAGACAACUGCUUGUUUGGAAAAGAGAACAAGUACUUGCGCAGAAAAAGCCAUUCGAAUUGUUUCAUUGGUGGCGCUCCACUUAAAGAUGGUUUCAAGGAAAGCAGAAUCUGUACAUGUACAAGAGCGGACUACGAAUGUGACUAUAACUACUAUAGAGAUAGUGAUGGUACUUGCAAACUUGUUGACGGAUUGUCACCAGCAGACAGAAUGAAGGAGAUGUGCGAAGUGGAGGGAACCUUUCAAUACUUUGUUCCGACUGGCUACAGAAAGAUCCCACUAUCUAAAUGUGAGGGAGGGAAGGGUUUCGAUUCUUUGAUAACCCGUCCAUGUCCAGGCCACGAGAAGGAGUACAAUGACUUCUAUGGCAUUGGGCUUGGUGGCGGUCGAAUCUUCGGCAUCAUUUUUGCCCCAGUCUUCGUUUUUCUUGCCGCUUUCCUCAUUGCGUCAUGGUUUGUCUAUGAGAGGGGAAUUCGUCGGAAUGGUGGCUUCCAAAGACUUGGGCAAAUCAGACUUGAUGACGAUGACGAUUUCCAGCCCAUAGAGGAGAAUACUGUUGACGUAGUCGUUAACAAAAUUGUGAGAGGAGGAAUUCUUACUGUCGCUGGAGCUGUUGCAGUGCUUAAAACCAUACGCAAAGUUGACCGAGCCAUGUUAGAGAGGCUCUCACUGUCGCUCUUCGGACGUCGUCCUGGUCAGCGGAGUUAUGUUCGUGUUCCCGAUGACGAGGAUGAGCUCUUUGGCAACUUCGAAGACAACUACGAGGAUGAACUCGAGAACGCUGAUGAUAUAAAUUUCGAGGUCGAGGAUGACCCUGUUGAGUUUACUGAGUAUGCUGAUGAACCUCCAAAUGAGAACGAUAAUGAUGCUGAUGAAAGGCUCUUUGGCAUUGACGACCAGUCUGAUGAAGAUCGCUCUUCGCGAAUUACUGAGGAUUAA